AUGGUUGGAUCCUACUCCAAAAAGCGCAAAGUCCAAGAUGGCAUGCAGGGCAAAACCACACGGCCCAAGAAAUUCCGCAAGCAGCGCGAGUACCACAGCAGUUCUGAAGAUGAGCAGGACGACCAGCAGGGCGACUUCAAGCCCGUCAAUCUGGCCGACUCGGACGACGAAGACGAGGGUGGUGUGACGGUGACCAAGAAGACCGUUGUCGCGCCCCCCAAGAAGAAAACAACGAAGGUGGUCGCCUCAGCCAAGUCAAGACCUACUGCCGACGAUUCUAGCGACGCAGCCGACGACGACGACGAAAUGCAAGACGACGAAUUCGAUGAACAAGAUCUCGUCGCUUCCGCGUCCGAUGACGAAGAUGGGGAAGACGAUUCUGAUGGAGAUCAAUCGGCGACAGGUGGCAAGCGUCGUACAAUCCCCAAGCGCAACGAUCCAUCGGCCUUUUCCACGUCUAUUUCAAAAAUUCUGUCCACCAAACUUCCUGCCUCCGCUCGCUCCGACCCCGUGCUCUCGCGCAGUAGAAAGGCUGCGCAAACAAGCAGUGAAUGGGAGAAUGAGAAACUCGACAAAGCGGCUCGUGCCAAACUCCGUGCUGAGAAGAAGGAAGAAUUGGAUCGUGGCCGCGUUCGGGAUGUGAUGGGUGUUGAGCGAGGCUUGACAGGACAGGUGGGAGAGGAGGAAAAGCGUCUUCGCAAGACAGCCCAGCGUGGUGUUGUCAAGCUGUUCAACGCCGUGAGAGCUGCGCAAGUCCGAGGCGAGGAGGCCGCAAGAGAGGAGCGCAAGAAGGGUACUGUCGGCAUGGGCGAGCGAGAGAAGGCCGUCAACGAGGUCAGCAAGCAAGGAUUCCUUGAGUUGAUCAAUGGCAAGAAAGGCAAGCCAUUGAAUAUCGAGGAGGCCUAA